AAGGAAGGGUGCUUGUAUUGGCGCGGUUGGGGGCUGUAGAAGAAAGCAAAAUUGAAUUGUGGGCGACUGAAUUUCAUCUUUUGACAAAGAACUCAGCACACAGUCUCAACGGAAGUGUCUAUGUGAGAAAGACCCUGUUACAUGUUCAAACUCCAAGGAAAACUACAUGGAUAAUUCGUAGCAGUGCUACAGCAUGGAAAAUGCUAAUUUUGAAGACAUGUAUGGAGAUUUGGUCCAAGAAAAAAAAGAUUCACCUUUGCUGUGCAAUGAUGAUUCAGUGGACAUUUAUUCUGGACUUGAUAAUGAAAACAGUCCACGAUAUAACUUGGAUUCAGAGAAAGCCAACAAACUUUUUUCACCUUCAAGACACAAAGAUUCUUUGGAUUUGUAUGAAGAAAUACUUACUGAAGAACGUAAAGAGCGAGAUGCCUCUUACAAUGAGCUGAAGAUGAAACUGGAGUGCAUGCAUUUGCAAGUUAAAGAGCUCCUCAGUAAGCUGCAGGAUGUUCAGUCACAGAACAUGAACCUUCAUAAUGAGAAUAUGCAUUUGAAAAAGAACAUAUCUGCAGUUAUCAAAACUGCAAGAAUGGAAAUUAUUCGUAAAGAUGAAGAAAUCAGCCGUUUAAAUCAAAGAGCUUUGAGGAGCAACAAUAAUCACUUUUACCCACGGCCAUCAGUUGAUAUAACAAAACAAAGAAACACCCAGGAAAGGAUGUUAACUUGCACAAGGAAAAUCAAUUCCUCUGACCAAUCAAAUGAAUUUAGGCCUCCUCAUCCUUUAAAUUUGAACAAACCUGUUGUUUUCCAGUUUUCUGCAGAAGCUACAAGGGUUCCACAAUGUGACUCUGCUUUCAGACCAAACUCUAAUGAAAGCAUUGUCAGAUCUUCACCACAAUGUGAUAGUGAAAAUUCAAGUGUGAAAGAUCAUAAGCUCUUAACCAGUGAAAGAUCUGAUAUACAACAACAAAGUAGGAGUAAACCGUAUGUGGAAAAUGACAAAAAGUAUUAUUCUACAGGAGAGAAUUUGAACAUGCCUUGUUCAGAAAGAGAAGAUCUUAGAAAAGAUGAUAGGGCAAAUGAAAGAGAAAAAGCUGGUAAAGACUAUAAAGACUCCAAAAAAGAUAAUGAAAAGGAAGGGCAGGUUAAAAAAAAUCACUGUGAUCGAGAACUGUUGUCACUAAGAAGGUCAGAAAGAAGUAAAAGCCCAAUCUACUCUAAGAAUCUCCCUCAGAGUGAAAACUUAAAGGAGCUUCAUGGGACCGGUGAACUAGUGAACAGCCUGCAAAGUCAUCUCAGAGAUCACGAAGAUCUUGGUAAGAGUAGCAGGCACUAUCCAAGACACAGACAACAUCAAGAAAGAUCUGACAAAAGGGACAGCAAGGACCGAAAAUAUUCAAAAAGCUCAUCACAAAUCUUUGACAAAUCUUCUGGGUCAUCUUUAAGUAGAAAAUCAAAGAGCAGCAUGAGAGGUGAGCACAGAAAGGAAGAGAGAAGGAAAGAUGAAGGCAGAAGGAACAAAGUAGAGAGAGAAAAAAGCCCAAAGAGAAGAAAGGAAGAAGAAAAAAGCAAAUCCAACAGAAAUGAAGAUAUACAUGGUAAAUCACAGAAAUCUCCACCAACUGGCUCAAGAAAGAGUGGAGAAAAGAAAUACAUGCACUCUCGUAUCAAGUCACCAAGUAAACAAAGCAGUCAAAUGACUGAUCAUUCUAGGAAACAGGAUUCACCUGAUUCAUCAAAUCUAAAAUCAUCCUUUAAACAAACCACUCAGACAACUGAUUGCUCAGAAGAAUCAAAUACAAGCAGCUGCAACAUUGUGGGUGAUAAAAUACAAAGCAGGAAUAGAAAAUUAUGCUUUAUGGAAACACUCAACCUCACACUUUCCCCAGUGAAAAAAUCAGUUGUUCCAUUUGAAGAGGAGAUAAAGGAAAAGGACACUUCAGUUCAGAAAGCACCAGAAUAUGAAGAGGAAAUAUGCAACAUGCCAUUUUCAGAGAAUACCUUUAUUGUACUUGAUGAGGCUCAGACAAGUUUAUCAUCGGAUCUUGAACUUUCACAAGAAGAAUCACAGAGGUUCUCUAUAGAAAAAAAUUUAGAAAAAGAAAAUAGCAUGAGUAGUUUGCCAAGUUCUGGAAAUAAAGACGACUUAGAAAUGUUACAUAUCAGUAGGGCUGAAACAUUAGAGACAUGUAGCGCAGAUGAAUCUUCAACAAAAAAAAGCCCAUCAGUUAAUGUAAGUAACACCUCAUCUGUAGGUGCCCAAGAUGUUAUUCCUGCGAAAGCGAAUACUGAAAGGCAUUUAAAUCCUGAGCAUUCUACAAGCAUAGUGGCAGUAGAUGAAGAGAAUUGCCGUGAGUCUUCAUGUAUGUUAAAUGUAACUGUUAAUAGUGUGUUUCAGAUUGAAUCUCAAAGUACAGAAGGCACUACCUCUGUUUUAAAACCAGAAGAUACCAGUAUUUUAAAUAUUAGUUCAAGUUACUUGGCUCCAGAGGCCAAAAUGAUAGAUGAAAGAACAACAAGCAGCAUUCUUCCAGAUCACAAAGAUGAUAGUCUUUGUAGUCCUAUUUUGAAUGAGUUUGCUGAAAAAUCUGAAAAGCUGAAUUUAGAAACUGAAAACCUCUUAGAGACUUUGAAAAUCCAGGCUGAUUCAUUUCUAGAUGGUGGCAAAGAUUCUGAAAAUAAAUUAGAUUGUGGAACACAAAACAUACCACCUGAUGUAAACAUGAACCAACAAGAUAACGAUGUUUCCAUUGAAGCAGUUUCCAGUACAGUUUCGCUUACUGAAAAGGCUUUGGUUGAAAAGAGUUUUAUUGAUCUUGAAAAUCAUAAUGGCAAUGAAAUUACCAGCUGCUGUAAUACAGAAUCACAUAUUGAAGUUCUUCAGAGCAAAACUGAUGUGUCUGAACAGAAGGAUGAACAAAUUGUAUUGAAUGAAAAGUCUUCUAAUAGUAUAGAGAAAACUGUUGAAAAUGAAGUUGCUGUAGAUGUUUCUGGCGAUAGUGAGGACUCUGACUCAUCUGGGGCUGAUAUUUUGGCUGUUCAGUUUUCUAGUUCUGAAUCUUUGCCUGAAAAAACAGAAGACAUCCAAUUGUUUGAUGAAGAUUCUAUGCUGAUUACCCUACAAACCAUUCGUCAAAUUCCAGAUGUUAUCAGCCCUCUGAAGAGUCCUGUACGACAAUUAAGAAAAAGUCCAAGGCAUGGCAAUUCUGGAAUCCCAUCCAUAGUGAAAACUGGAUGUAAAGAGUUAUCCAGCAGCCCAAACAUUAUAACCUCAGAGUCAAAAAUUAUGGAACUGAACAAGGAAAAUCAGAAGCCCAGUGGUGAACAUGCUGAAAGAACAGGAGAAGACAGUUCUUCGUCAUCUGUAGUAGAGGAGGAAAUAGAAGAGGGAGAAAUUGUGAGUGACACUGAAGAGGAGAAGUCCCCACCUGUGGUCAAACCCAACCGGAGAAAGCAAAAUUUAGCAGCACUUGUGAAAAAGGUUGAAAGUCCAAAGCGCAGAGUCUUGCAUAAAAAUCCUUCUGGUAAGGUAAAGCCUCCUAGUAAAGGCAGCCCACAGAAUAGGAAAAAGUCGAGUUCUCCAAAUACAUCAGGUUCUCCUUCCAGUAGAAGACGGUUUAGAACAGUUCUAACAUCUCUGCCUGUAUUUGAUCCUUCCACAAUACAUGAGGUCAUGGACAUGCUAAAAUUCAUACGAAAACAAAUUCGUAAAAAAUAUAUGAAACUUCACAAAAGUUUUCCAGCCAAAACAUUCUACAGUUUCAUUGAAAUGUCACUCUCAGAGUUCACAGAGUUUAUCACAAACCUUAACUGUUCAAAACUUACAAAGUUACAGCAAAAUUUAAAGUCCAAACUCUGUAAAAUUGUCACAUCAACUAUGCGAAAGAUAUCUAACAAUGGCAUUGUAAAUCGAAUAUUUGAACAGCAGGCUCCAAAUCUCAAGAGCAAGCUAUGGAUGUUUGUGGAGGAUCAGUUUAAUUUCCUUUUCCGAGAACUUGAAUUGACACUAACUAGUAUGUGUGAAAGUGCUAAGACUGGAACACCUUCUGAGGAUAAAAUAAAAAAGUAUAAAAGGAACAAAGGGAAUUACUCUUGUAAGAGAAAAGAGGUGCAAGAUACAUUUCCACAAAAAAAUGUUCCCCCUGUAAUUAAGGUGGCAGCUAAACCAGAACUGUCAACAUGCAUUAGUACUGUGAGGACUGGAUUAGGAAAGGGUAAGAAUAUUAGAAUCCUUGAAGAAACAGAUUCUGAAAAGGACCCAGUAGAGGCAAACAAAUGUUUUAAAGAAAAAACAGACCAGCCCCAAGUUAAUACAAGUAAAACAACAGAGGGAAGUAGUCAAGAUUGGUCUUCUGUAGAAAAUCAAACAAAUAUCACAAGGACUUUUUCAAAUAAUUCUGCCAAUGAAAAAUCUGAUUGUAGCUUUGAACUUUUAACUGAGCAACAGACAUCUAGUUUAACUUUCAACCUAGUCACAGAUUCACAGAUGGGUGAAAUCUUCAAAUGUCUUUUACAAGGGUCUGAUUUUCUUGAUCAGAGCGAUAAUCACAACUGGCCAAUUGGAACACCUAGAAAAAUCUGUGCUGUUGAAGAGAAGUUGGUAGGACUGCUUACCCCAGGCAAGUCUUUUACACCAUUUAAAUCUUCAGUUGGACUUCCUUGGACAUCUACAACUCCUGAAAAAUUCCCAGUGUUCAAUAGCCAGAUCGGUUUGUGUUUAAACCCUGCUGCAUUUGAUGAAAGUUGCAUGUUGGAAAUACCUUGUAAUGAAAGAUCAGGGGAAAGUUGUUUACCUCCUGAAAAAGUAGCAUCACAGUCUGUUUUGGUAGAAGAUCUAGCAGUUUCCCUUACCAUCCCCUCACCUCUUAAAUCAGACAGUCACCUAAGUUUUUUGCAGCACAAGAAUGGUGAAGUAGCUCGUGCCCCCGAUAGUGUUUUAAGUGCCCACUAUAGUGAGGAUGCCCUCCUUGAGGGUGAAGAUGCAACUGAACAAGAUAUACACUUGGCAUUAGACUCUGAUAACUCAAGCAGUAAAUCAGAUUCUGGGACUAACUGGCCAAAGCAGGAUACAUCUCCAGGCUUCCAUUUUAGAUCCAAUUUACCAAUGCAAGCUGUGGUUAUGGAAAAAUCAAAUGAUCACUUUAUAGUAAAAAUUAGACAUACAUCAACUACACCAGGAGAGUGUGAGGAGGCCAACCAGCAGAUUGACUCCGAAGCAUGCAAUGCUGAUCUGAUCACUUGCAAAAGUCCCACCAGUAAAGAUAGGGCAGCUGAUCUCUGUGAUAAAACAAGUCUUGAUGUUGCCAAUGACAGUACUUCUAAGGCAUUGUUUCCUGACAGUAGCUCUCUUUGUAAUCAGGAGUUACAUCCUCCAAAUUUAAAUGACGAUUUAUACUCCACACCAGCUCAGACAGUAUCAAAAACCGAACCGGACAGCUCAACGAUCCAGCAAGUUACUGGAAGCAAUCUGGUAUGUGAGAGCUAUUCUCCAGGCAUGGCUUUGUCAAGUCAAAAUGAUGAAGGUCAGUCAAAGAGCAAGAAGAAAAGAAACGAUGAAGGUAAACCUGAGGCUAAAAGAACGAAGGGAAAAUUAAGAUUUACUAGUAAAGAUGAAAGGAAGAAAAGAAAAUCUGAGGAAAAUCUAACUUCUUGUUCACCUAAAAGAUUUAAACUUUCCAGCCACAAAAACAAGGAGUCUUCCCUGUCUCUUUCACCAAAAAGUUUGUCUGCUAAGAAUGUUGUCAUGAAGAAAGGAGCGAUUUUGGUAGCCUGGACCAGAGAAGAUGACCGAAUCAUUUUGACAGACCUCAAGAAAGAAGGAGCAUCUCAAAAAACAUUUAUGUCUCUUGGUAUGAAGUUAAAUAAAUCUCCAUCUCAGGUCUGUGAGAGAUUCAACCAACUAAUGAAAUUGUUCAAGAAGGCUAAAAAGAUGAAAACAUGAAACACCUGCACACAACUUGGUUCCUUUUUUAGUUCUGAAGGUUCUGUCAGGUGUACAAAAAUGUUAUGGAACAUACAAUGGCUAACUUUGGCUAGGUUGGUGUCAUGUUUACAGCAAUCCAAUGCUCAACUUAUGCCCAUUCUUGCGGCCUAUAAAGACAGUGAUUCACAGAUUUAAUCAGAUGGGCUCACUGCAGGCCAUUGGUGCUGAAUGUUUGGUUUUUAAACCAGUAAUUCAUAUUCUGCUGCUGCCAGAAAAAUACAAACUAGGUUGUUAAGCUGGGCUGCAUUUACUAGGAUUUAUUUUUCAUGUUAUUAAAAAGAACAUAUGCUCUACUGGAUCUCCAACCACUGUAGAUAUAAGCUGAAAACAAUUGUUCUUUUCUUAAGUUUUGUUUGUUUGUGUUCAUCAGAUUUGGAGGGCUUAACAAAAGUAAAGCAACUUGAUCAAGCGAGUGAUCACGAUCCUGUGUGAUCUGAGGUGGCAUUUCUGUUCUGUCUUAAACACAGAACUUCAGAAUAUGUGGUAGCCUGCCAGAUUAAGGUUGGUCAAACAAAAGAAAAAUAAAAAUCUACCUCAUAUCAGUCCUUCAAACAAAAUUGAAAUCAUCCGCGUAUUUUAUAUAUAUUUUCUGAUAAUAAAAGUUUAAAUCAAUUUUAGCCUUAAAUAGCACAAAAACUGGAUCUAUACAUUUCACUGAACAAUUUUUAUAUUGACAUUUGUGUUGAUGUGACUGUUUAAAGCAACAAUAAAUUUGCAAGUGGUACAAAAUAUGUAUUUUACAUUUUGAAAAAUGCUGUUACUUCAUAGCCAGAAAAAUGCAGCAGCAGUGAGAAGCUACCAGUGUACAUACAAUUGAUAUUUCAGUGCCCUGUUUCUCCAUAUUUGUAUUGUUUUCUGUAUCCCCAGAUUUAAUUUAUAGAUAUGUAUAUAUGUUUUAUUUUUAUGAUCACUUUUUUGCAACCUUAUUCUUUAAGGCUGUUUGGGGAAUUAAGCUGUACAGUUUAUUUGUAAAUAAUACCCCCAAUAUCUGUAUUGAAAAUGAAAACAAUCUUGUAAUAUAUAUAUAUAUAUAUUUUUUAUUGAAUAAUGCCAUUAAAUCUUGUGCCUUUUUGUGAA